GGCGAACUCAGGUACUGGAGACUAAUGCCGUGCCAUAUAUACAUCCAUCUGUCUUUUACGCGUCGGCUGCAAUAGGUGAUUAGAUUGCUCUUCCACGGAACGGAACAAAUUGGAUUGAAUGCCGUCCUUUAUUGAUUAGUAGGAACCAACCAUCAAUCUUAUCAAUCAAAUAUCAAAUAUCAAAUAUCAAAUCAACUCAAAUCAACUCUAUCCCAAUCCAUACAUCAACAACCUACCUGCCCACAAUUCAAGAAGAGGAACACAAUUCCGAAAACAAAAACAAGCCAACCCAGAAUACAGACAUCAAAAAUGUCAACCCUUCAAAAGCCCAAAUCAAUAUUAAAAAAGAGCACCUCCUCCUACCCCUCCACCUCCACCUCCACCACCACCGCCAACCCAUCACCCACCAAAGCCGAGCGCGACCGCGAAGUAGCCCUCUACCACGCCCGACUCAUCCAAGAACGCAAAGAGAUCGAGCUCGAAAUCCUCUCUUCCACCGAAGAACUGAUCGAUUUCCCCCUCACAACCUCGGCCCCGCACGAUGCCUCGAAUCCCUCGCCAUCCGACGCCCGCGCCUUCAAAGCGAUGCUGCGACCCUUCCAGCCCAGCGACUACGAUGCCCUGAUCCUCGAGCGCAAUCUCGAUAGUCGGUGCGGGUAUACCUUGUGUGCCAAUCCGCGGCCGCGAGAUAAUAAAGGUGGGCAGUGGAGAUUGCUGGGCAUGUCAGGGAAAGCAAAGGAUUUUAGGAUUGCAAAGAAAGAAGAUGCGGAGAAAUGGUGCUCAGAUACGUGUGCCAGGAGAGCUUUAUAUGUUCGAGUUCAAUUGAGUGAAUGUCCAGCUUGGGAGAGGAGUGGCGAUAGUUCUGCUACGAAUAUAGACCUACUGGAUGAACCCAAGACAGAGGAAGAUUUAGUCAUGGACGGAAUCGAGAAUUUGGACUUGAACAAGCAGGAAGCCCAAGACAAGCAGAGGAAAUUUGGAAACCUUGCUUUAGAGAGGGGAGAGACUGGUCAAGGUUCAUCAAAACAUGUCUCGAAUUUCUCAAUAGUUGAGAAGGAAGUCAAACAGAGUGGUGUCAAGCCACCGACAUUCGACUCGAAUGAACUUGCUGAUAGGAUGGAUACAUUACAUUUGGAUCUGGAAGGUCAUACAUCUACAUUCAAUCAUGGCAACAAUUAUGGAGAUCUAUUUGGGGAAGAUGAUGACGAUACAGAGAUGGAUACAGACUGGAAAAUAUGAUUGCAUUAUUUGGAGUUAUGGAGUUUCAUGGCAGGAAGGAGUAAAACUAUGAUACCCCCACGUCCGUCACAUUCAAUGACAUAGAUUAAACAAUGAAUCAAUUCUUCCUGAUGCACCUCGAACCUCAACCGCAAAUCGACUUGCCUAGGACUAAAAUCGCACACUAUUAUCAUUCACGCGCAACUUACAGCCAGAUAGGAACAAUGGCAAUAUGAGAUCCUCAACACGACCUGUAUAUCACACUUGCAGCUUGGUGCACUGGACUUGAAUGGAAAGA